AUGGACGUAACCUUACGAGGCCGCCCGGAAUAUCCCCUGUACCUUCGAGAAGGUUUGACCCCUUCCCUGCCUUCAGUACAGCCGCAGCUAACUGUACGCUCACGGAAGCGCCAUGAGAUAUACCGCCCUCCGACGCCACCUCUUCCAGCUCCCCGACAUGAGUAUGGGCUUCGCCAUAGUAUGAUACAGCCGCACGGCGUAACGAGGUCGGCCACGACUUGUUCUGAUUCGUUGUCUUUCUCCUUUCCUCCGCGAUUUUCCAUGCAUCAAACAACAUCCAACGGCUCUUCAAAUUCCACGCUUAGCGUUGGCAUACCCAAUCAACCCCGCAGACCAUACACCACACCAGAUAGGCCGCACCACCUAGUCCAUGAAGUGCGGUUGGAUAAUUUAUCAGGGGACGAUCGAUUCAAGUUCUCUGGGGUCAAGGUUUCCCGACGCACGUCCCUGCUCUCUGGCCACGGCGACGUGAAGCAUGGAAGAAGUUUGCGAAGGCGGGUUGGCGCCUUGGGGUUAGUCUGCAGGCUGCGUCUGCGGAAACUCGGAGAGGCGGUGGCCACGCUUUCUGUUAAACGUUAA